UGUUAUAGAUUGAUCUAUUAUUAAUAUUAGUCGUACGAUCUACGAUCUACGUUCUGCUACGUGUGUCGUUCUACGCUCCUUUGAUGCAUGCAUGACGAAGAGUGACAAUGUCUUACCUCAUUAUGAAUCAGUCUUCUUCUGCAUUACGUCUGCAUGGCUGACGUGUGUCUUACUUUGGUACGAGCUGACGAGGCCUAUACUGUCGUGUCAUAGCGCCAUUAGUGCAACGACAGCACUUACGUGUCUCUGCUGCUUAUCUCUCGAUGAUUGCCAUUUUACAUGUUCACUUCUAAAUUAUCCUAGAACAAACCAGAUGGUGUUUCCUGCUGUGGUAUACGCGAGUUGCAUGGAAUGAAUCUUGCGUGCGUACGUUAUAACAAUUGGCGACGAAGAUGAGCGUUUGUAGUAACCUGAGCACAGCCCACAAGCUUCCAGUUUUCGAAUACCGGGGCACGCCAGCAGAAGUGUCCUCUCGCUGGAAGAAAUGGCUACGAAGCUUUACGUACAUGGCUGAAGGCCAAGGGAUUACGGAUCACAAACGGCUGAAAAAUUUAUUGCUGCAUACUGCCGGAACACAGGUUCAGGACUUAUUCGAAGACCUCGAAGAUCCACAGGCGUCGGCUCUGCCUGCGGAUGACAACGAGUACAAGGUUACGUUACGGAAACUGAACGAACAUUUCAAGGCCGCGCCACAUCCUGUAUACGAGCGUCACGUGCUGCGCCAGAUGACCUUUGCUAAGAAUGAGUCGGUGAGUCAGUUUGUUGUAAGAUUACGCGUCCAGGCCCGCUUGUGUGAUUUUGGUACCGCUUGUGACGACAUGAUUCGAGACCAUGUGGUGUCAUGCAUUGCGAAUGUCGAGUUGAAAAAGAAGUUGUUAUCAGAUCCAAAACUAACUUUGGGUACGUGUCUAGAAAUUGCAGCUUUGUUUGAGGCAACCCAGCAACAAGCUUCGUCUAUGGGUUCCGCUGCUGCUAUGAGUACGCCAUCAGAAGUCCACGGUCUCUCUCGUGUGGCAAGGCUGGUCAUUUCGGUCGGGAUCCGAGUUGCCCGGCGCGUGGCAAAACCUGCAGCAAGUGUCAGCGUCGUGGGCAUUUCGCUUCCUGCUGCAAUUCGCAGUCGACGUCCCACAUUUCGUCCGAGCCAGAGUCACUGUUCGACUCUUUCAGCAUUGGGGCUCUCACCGACGAUGUGUCACCUACAGAUAAGUGUCAACCUAAGUCUAAGUCUCAUCCUCCCAUGAUGAUUGAUGUAUGCGUUAAUGAUGUAGUCUGUCCUAUGGAAGUCGACACUGGUGCUGAAGUUUCAGUAUUCCCUAGUUCUGUGUGGAAGGAGCAGUUUUCCAAUGUGUGUCUGCAUAAGUCUCGUGCAUCACUGCAUUCGUAUGGUGGUAGUUCCCUAUCUGUAUUGGGUGAAUGCAUUGUCGAUGUCCGUUACGAGUCUCACCAGUUUCGAGACACCAUCAUUGUUGUAGAGGGUAGUGGUCAGCCCCUGUUUGGUCGGAACUGGAUGUCCCACGUCAUUAUAGACUGGUCAAAUUUUCGUAAUGCACAGGUCAAUGCAUUGUCGCUAGAUAGUCUAUUGCGUCAGUUCCCUACCGUAUUUCAAGAGGGUUUGGGUACCAUUAAGGGUCAGUCUGCCAAGAUCCAGCUUCAAGGGUCACCCACCCCCAAGAGUUGCCGUUCCCGUCCUGUCCCGUACGCCGUCCGCACUAAGGUUGAAGCUGAGUUGUUGCGUCUAGAGGGGGAGGGGAUCAUCAAGCCGGUCUCUAACGCUGAUUGGGCAUCCCCCGUGGUGGUUGUAAAAAAGAAAAACAACACCAUCCGCUUAUGUGCAGAUUUUAAAGUGUCCAUCAACAAGCACAUUGAAGCUAACCAACAUCCCAUUCCCAACCCGAGUGAUUUGUUAUCGCAAUUAUCUGGUGGAUCUGUAUUUUCCAAAUUAGAUCUCAGCCAAGCUUAUGCUCAGCUACCGCUCGACGACGACAGUAGGCGCUAUUGUGUCAUCGCUACGCACAAGGGUUUGUACGAAUUCACGAGACUACCCUUCGGCGUCAGCUCAGCUCCGUCAAUCUGGCAGAAGGCCAUCGAGCAGGUGCUACAAGGUCUAGAAGGUGUCGUUGUCUAUUUCGACGAUAUUCUCAUUUGUGGUAACACCCAGCAACAACACGACGAGCGUCUACGAGCAGUCCUCCGUCGUUUCGCUGAGACAGGGCUGCGGUUGCGUCGUGAGAAAUGUGAGAUUGGUAAGCCACAAGUUAGUUACCUUGGGUUUACAUUGUCGAAGGCUGGUCUACAGCCCAGUCGGGAUAAGGUUUUGAGUAUUCAGAAUGCCCCGAGGCCCCAUGAUGUGUCUACCUUGCGUUCGUUUCUGGGGCUCGUGAAUUUCUUUGGGCGGUUUAUCCCCAAUUGCUCCUCGCUGUUACAACCCCUGAACGAGUUGUUAAAGAAGGAUGUAGUCUUUAAUUGGACGGAUGCAUGUCAGUCGGCGUUUGCCAAAGUUAAAGAGUUUCUCAUCGCCGAUCCAGUUAUGGCCCAUUAUGAUGUUACCUUACCACUGAUCUUAGAGUGUGAUGCAUCCCCUGCUGGUAUUGGUGCUGCUCUUCUACAUGUCAUGCCGGACCAGUCUGUUCGGCCAGUUGUAUAUGUGUCACGUGCUUUGUCCAAAGCAGAGAGUCAUUACAGCCAGAUUGAGCGAGAGGCGUUAGCUAUCGUGUUUGCUGUUCGUCGUUUACACCAGUACAUCUACGGUCGUAAGUUCAUUCUGCGCACCGACCAUAAGCCUCUAAUCAAGAUCUUCGGCGAGCACGAGUCGUUAAGUAAGACGUCGGCAUCCCGUCUACAGCGCUGGGCCGUGAUUCUCGCUGAGUACGACUACGUCAUUGAGCAUAUUCCAGGUAAAGAAAAUGUGCUAGCAGAUUGUCUGUCUCGUCUGCCUUUACCAUUGUCUGCUGCUGAAAUGUCUGCAAUUGUUAGUGCAGUCAGCAGUCAUGCAUUUGACCCCUGCGAGUUAAUGCCUCUACAGAGUUCGGAUGUUGCCAAGGCUAGCAAAUACGAUUCUGACAUUUCGUUAGUAAUGUCCUACACGCUGCAUGGUUGGCCUGCUACAGUUCCCGACAGGUUAGUGCCGUAUAGCCGCAUCCGGAAUGACCUAAGUAUUGAGCAUGGUUGUUUGCUGUGGGGUUCCCGCGUCAUUAUUCCAGUUCAGUUUAGACGCCACUUAUUAGAGGAACUGCAUUCUUCACAUGCCGGUGUGUCCCGAAUGAAGAGUGUGGCACGAAGCAUUUUCUGGUGGCCAGGCUUAGAUGCCGAUAUCGAACGAUUAGCCGCCGAUUGCAGUCUUUGUCAGGAAAGCUCUAAUCUGCCCCGCAAGGACUCUGUCCACCAUUGGGCAUACCCCAAUGCUGCUUUUGAGCGUGUGCAUCUUGAUUUUGCUGAGUUCGAGUCGCAACAGUUUCUGGUCAUAGUUGAUGCAUUCUCUAAGUGGAUUGAUGUAUACGAGCUUGGUUCCUCCGCUACGACUACUAAAACAGUGAACUGUUUGCUACGGUUCAUCAGUACAUUUGGUAUUCCUAGAGUACUAGUAUCUGAUAACGGCCCACAAUUUGCCUCUGGCGAGUUUGCUGCUUUCUGUGCCCAGAAUGGUAUUAAGCAUCAUCGUACACCGCCCUAUCAUCCCGCCAGCAACGGACAGUGUGAGCGGAUGGUGCAAGAGCUGAAGAAGGCUUUGCGAGCAAGGCCUCACCAUGUGUCUGUAUGUGUGCAAGUGUCUCGCUUUCUUUUCGAUUACAGAAACACACCGCACAGCGCUACCAAGCAGAGUCCCGCGAGUAUUCUAUUGAAGAAAGCCCCGACCACGCGUUUGGCGCUGCUGCAACCCAGUUUCGCCACGGCUAUGCAGCAGGCCCAUGAACUCGAUAGUACUGCGUCUCGUGAGUUCACAGUGAAUGCACCAGUGUGGGUGUACAAUGCUCGUCCUGGCUCUAAGCCGAAGUGGCUAGAAGGUUUAAUAUGCAAACGACUCAGUACGAUGACCUAUUCUGUGAUGGUAGGAGGAGUCGUCCGAAAAGUGCACAUCGAUCAUUUGAAGUCCAGAACAGCUGAGUCUGCUGGUUUAUCGGCCGAGUCCGACGCCAUUCCGACAGUGUCUACGCCGAGUGUUACUCCGACAGUCGCUACAGCAACGCCGACUCCUGAGUUACCAGCUUCACCGCCGGCUCAGUCGUCUCCUGUCAUUGAUACAGCAGCUACUACUAUGCCUAGUACGCCUACUACUGCUACAUCUAGUACGCCUACUACUGCUACGCCUAGUAUGUCUACUACUGCUGCUACUCCUGUUAGUAUGCCUGAUACAGUUCAAGUCGCUACUCCUGUUAGUAUGCCUGAUGUGUCAGUGCCUGUUUCGUCAACUCCAGUGUCACCGCGCUAUCCGUCAAGAAUGCGCCGUGCCCCUGAUCGCUUAAAUUUGUGAGUAUUGAGUGACUAUCUUAGCAUUAGUCAUGAAUGACUCGCCUAGCAAUUCUGACAUUGCCUUAGAGUGUCCUAUUCCGCUAUUUGUCUGUAAUAGCAUAGUAUUGUAUCAUAGUUAGUCGGAUAUAAGGAUUUGCUCUUGUAUAUAGUUGUUUGGAUGCAUUUUGAUUAUAUAUGCAUUAUUGCUAGUCCCACUUCACUACUUCUUUAAGGAAGGAGGAUUGUUAUAGAUUGAUCUAUUAUUAAUAUUAGUCGUACGAUCUACGAUCUACGUUCUGCUACGUGUGUCGUUCUACGCUCCUUUGAUGCAUGCAUGACGAAGAGUGACAAUGUCUUACCUCAUUAUGAAUCAGUCUUCUUCUGCAUUACGUCUGCAUGGCUGACGUGUGUCUUACUUUGGUACGAGCUGACGAGGCCUAUACUGUCGUGUCAUAGCGCCAUUAGUGCCACGACAGCACUUACGUGUCUCUGCUGCUUAUCUCUCGAUGAUUGCCAUUUUACAUGUUCACUUCUAAAUUAUCCUAGAACAAA